UUUCUCUCUCUCCCAUUGACCCGGAAAACCUCAUCUCUCUCUCUCUCUCUCUCUCUGCGUGCACCACAGUUGCAGACACGGCAACAAUGGCGGACUACGAGAGCCGCCACCACCACCAGCAGCAGCAAGCGAAGGAGACGGCCCUCCAGGCACUGAACACGAUAAUCCAGCUCCACUUCGAGAAGACCCUCGAGAAGAAGCGGGCCAUCGACCAGCAGAAGAAGGAGCUCCACCGCCUCUUCCUCCUCUUCUUCAUCUUCCUCGCCCUCCUCUUCAACGCCGUCUCCCAGCCGUCCUCCCGCCUCCAGUGCCGGCACUGCUGGGCCCCGAUCUCCCUCCUCUCCCUCUCCCACCUCGUCUUCUACGUCUCCGUCGCCCAGACCCUCCGCACCAUCAACGGCUUCAAGUACCAGCGGCGCUGCCACAAGCUCACCCUCGGCCUCGCUACCGAGAGGCUGAGGGAGCUCAGGAUGAGGAUGAGCGUGGCGAUGGCGAACAGCGACGGAGCCCCCCACCCCCACCACCACCACCACCACCACCACCACGAGGUGGUGUUCGACGACGAGGACUUCGAGAUUCAGUACCAGGAGCCGCCCGAGAGCUACCUGGGCAAGUUCAAGAGGAACUGGGCUCUGCAUUUCGGGUUCUUGAUCUUGGUCUACGGCUUCAUGGUCUCUUUCUCUGUUGUCAUCCUCUGUUUCUAGGAAAGUUCUCUGCUUUUUGGUGUUGGCUUUAGUGGGUAUUGGCAGCACUCGUUCUUCUCUUUCUAUUCAUUUAUCUUGGAGGAUUGAUUUCCUGAGUUUGAUCUGGGAAGAAGUUAACUGGAAAGAAAGUUGGAAAUGGGAAAAGUUCAGCGAGACUUCAUCGUGGAGGAA